AUGCCGUCCAGAGUAUCACCCUCGGGCUUCAAGCCCUUGAACGAGACCACACUGUUCAAGCCCCUAAAGCUAGGCCACCUCGAUCUCGAGCAUAGAGUUCUUCAAGCGCCUCUCACGCGCAUGCGCGCGCCAGAGGAAUCUUCUGGUGUAUAUGUGUGCUCGGACAUCAACGUGGAGUACUAUGGCCAGAGAGCUUCAAAGGGCGGGUUCCAGCUGACCGAAGCAUGCCCAAUCAGCCGUCUCGCUUGUGGCUAUAAGGGCGUGCCUGGUAUUUUUACCCCCGGCCAGAUCGCCGGCUGGAAGCGAGUCACCGAUGCAGUGCAUGCUAAGGGUGGUUUCAUCUACUGCCAGCUGUGGCAUGUCGGCCGCGCUACCGUACCCGAUUUUCUGGACGGUCACCCCGCGGUGAGCUCCAGCGACAUUCCUAUCACUGGCAAUGCCCUCACCGGGGCACCUUACGCAAAUACGCCUCCUAAGCCAAUGACCGUUGAGGACAUUCAGGAAGCUACCAAGGAAUUUGCAGCCGCGGCGAAGCGUGCUCUGGAGGCCGGUUUUGAUGGAGUCGAGAUCCACGGUGCCAACGGCUACUUGCUUGAUCAGUUCCUGCACGAUAAUGUCAACACCCGCACUGAUGCCUACGGAGGCUCUGUGGAGAAGAGAUGUCGAUUUCCCAUCGAGGUCAUCAAAGCUGUGACCGAAGCGAUUGGCGCAGACAAGGUCGGCAUAAGACUGUCGCCCUACAACUACUUCCAAGAUACUCGUGAUUCGAACCCCAACCAGCACUGGGCAUACCUCUGUGAACAGCUCGCGAGUCUCCCCAAAGAAAACAGACUUUCCUACGUGCAUAUGGUCGAGCCGCGAUUUGACGAGGUCCUCGACGAGUCGGCGAAAUUGGGCUCUCUCGAGAAGGAAACCUCCUCAAACAAGAACUCCCUGACACCUUUCCGCCAGAUUCUCGCAAAGGGUGACAUCAAAUUCCUUGCAGCUGGAAACUACAACCGCGACAAUGCUGCUCCUAAAGUUGAGUCCGGAGACGCCGAUGCCAUCAUUUUCGGAAGAUGGUUCAUCGCAAAUCCGGAUCUGCCCAGGAGGCUUGCCGAAGGCCUUCCCCUCAACCCCUACGAUCGCACUACAUUCUACGGCGCCGAUCCCCCUUCAAAAGGAUACGUCGACUACCCGUUCUUUGAGCCAGGCUCGAAAGAAGUCACUGCGUAA